AUACGCAAGUUAAUAUGAUUAUUUAAGAAAUAUCCAAAUAAUCCAAUACAAUUUGUCGUAUUUAGAUUUUGUGAACUACCUAUGAUUGUGUUUUAUAAUGGUUUGUUAUUGUUGUGUAAAGGGUUGUAGUAACAACAGUAAUGAUAAAAAGAAAAAUCCAAGUAAUAACACUUCGUUUCAUGCUUUCCCAACAAAUCAGGAGCAAAGGAUUAAAUGGUUGAGGGCGAUUGGUCGUCCAAACUGGGAGCCUCCCAGUCACGCGCGUAUAUGUAGCGCACAUUUCGACUAUGACCAGAUCAACCACGACAGUUGCCGCACCAGAAUCAAAGAUGAUGCAUGUCCUGUUAAUGCCUUACCUCCUAACUCAAACUUUGAAGCAACAUUUGUGGAGGUAUGCAGAAUCUGUUUGGCAACUGACCUCAAAAUGUACAGUUUGGAGAACAGUCCACUUAAGGACUACCUACAAUCUAUUGCUGGAUUUAAUGCAAACAGUAACUAUAAUAUAGAAGGCCUACCACAAUUUGUGUGCUACGAGUGUGCUGCUCACCUCACAAGGUGCUAUAAUCUUAUUGAGAGAAGUAUGACUGCUCAAGCAACUUUGUUGGACAUUUUUGCCCAAAAUGGUCAAAGUGAUAGUGAUAAUGAAAAAAAUGCAAAAUAUUUUAAACAAUAUCAAAAUGAAACAGGGAAGAAGAAAUCAAGAAGAAUGUUGUCUGAUGGUUUGACACCUAAUGAAAUAGAGAUGCAGAAAUAUUUUAAUAUUAUCAAACUAACGUCACAAGAGCAAAUUGAAGAAUGGACAAAGUCAAUGGAGAAUACGCCGUGGAAAAGCGACACAGUGUAUAAAUGUGAAGUGUGCUCAAAAAUAUUUGCCCAUAUCUCCACUUACCGCUCUCAUAUAAUACGCCAUGAUCCAAGUCGUGGAAAAGCCGAAUGUCCAAUUUGUAAACUGCGUUUCAAGAACAUAGUAGUCGUUAGGUCCCAUACAAAUCGCGCCCACGGCAAGAAGUUCCAUUGCAAGUCCUGUCCUAAAGUUUUCAGUAACGUCGCAGUAGCGAAAAAGCACCAGAAGUGGCACUCCGGAUACCAGUACUCUUGCGGGUAUUGUAGCUUCCGUAGCGUGCACGAGUCCGCGCUCGGCAGCCACGUGCGCGUCCAGCACCGACACCAGCUGGCCUGCACACGCUGCGGCCGCCCCGCCGCCACCAGCCGCGGCCUGCGCCUGCACCGCGCCGCCGCGCACCACGCGCUGCAGGUCAGUACUCCCGCACCGCGACCAGCAGGCGGCCACGUGCGCGUCCAGCACCGACACCAGCUGGCCUGCACGCGCUGCGGCGACACCAGCCGCGGCCUGCGCCUGCACCGCGCCGCCGCGCACCACGCGCUGCAGCACCGACACCAGCUGGCCUGCACGCGCUGCGGCCGCCCCGCCGCCACCAGCCGCGGCCUGCGCCUGCACCGCGCCGCCGCGCACCACGCGCUGCAGGUCAGUACUCCCGCACCGCGACCAGCAGGCGGCCACGUGCGCGUCCAGCACCGACACCAGCUGGCCUGCACGCGCUGCGGCCGCCCCGCCGCCACCAGCCGCGGCCUGCGCCUGCACCGCGCCGCCGCGCACCACGCGCUGCAGGUCAGUACUCCCGCACCGCGACCAGCAGGCGGCCACGUGCGCGUCCAGCACCGACACCAGCUGGCCUGCACGCGCUGCGGCCGCCCCGCCGCCACCAGCCGCGGCCUGCGCCUGCACCGCGCCGCCGCGCACCACGCGCUGCAGGUCAGUACUCCCGCACCGCGACCAGCAGGCGGCCACGUGCGCGUCCAGCACCGACACCAGCUGGCCUGCACGCGCUGCGGCCGCCCCGCCGCCACCAGCCGCGGCCUGCGCCUGCACCGCGCCGCCGCGCACCACGCGCUGCAGGAGUGUGAAGACAGUGAAGCAUUCCCGUGUGAGCAGUGCCACCUGAACUUCAGUUCUGAAGGCGCGCGUCGUGUGCAUAUACUAACUUCAAAACAACACAGGCAGAAAACUAGUUACCAUAACCCAAACCCUCAUGAAGACGUACCUAGGAAUACGUGCAAGUUUUGCGGACUCGACUUUCCUACUGCGACCGAGGUUCUUAAACAUACGCGCGCCGAGCAUCGGAAACUUCGUAAGAAAAAAACGAGCUGGCGACUCCCUGAUGACUUGUACCCAACUCAAUGUGAACAUUGCGAUAUUCGAUUGGAGAGCCGUGGGGAGCACUGGCAGCACGUGCGGCGGCAACACCCGCGGAUGACGGCUGGAUACCGACGCGUCAUAACUGCCGUCUGCCAUGUUUGUGGCAAAGGAUUCCAGAACAAAACGAAGCUGGAGCUGCACGCGCUGCGGCACGGUCGUCCGACGGUGCGGUGUAGGGAGUGCGGCCGCGCCUGCUACGACAAGCACGCGCUGGCGCGGCACGCCGCCACGCACGCCCCGCACCGACCACACGCCUGCGCACGCUGCGGACGAGCCUUCAAACUACGCUCCAACCUCCUCCGACACGCCAGGGUACAUACAACUGCGACUCCAUACGAGUGUACAAUGUGCGGCAAGAAAUUUAAGUACUCAACAAGUGUUAAUCUCCACGUGCGUACCGUGCACUACAAGUUGCCGCAUCCGCCCAGAAAGAAGAGAACCAACAAAUCUACCACUCAAACAGAGGAUAACAUUGAUAUAUGAUAUUAAUUUAUCGCUCAUAUAAAGGAAUAAAAAACUUCAACGCAUAUUUGGUUUUUUACUGUACGAUAUUGAAUAAAAAUAAA